GUAUUAUCAACCCAAAGAAUCCUAAGGAAGCACCAAAGUCCUUCAGCUUUGACUACUCUUAUUGGUCCCACACAUCGCCCGAAGAUCCCUGCUUUGCAUCUCAGAACCGUGUCUACAAUGAUAUUGGGAAGGAGAUGUUGCUGCAUGCCUUUGAGGGCUACAAUGUAUGCAUUUUUGCCUAUGGACAAACUGGAGCUGGUAAAUCCUACACAAUGAUGGGCAAGCAGGAGGAGAGCCAAGCAGGCAUAAUCCCCCAGCUGUGUGAAGAACUGUUUGAGAAAAUCAAUGACAACAGCAAUGAAGAAAUGUCAUAUUCUGUAGAGGUGAGUUACAUGGAGAUUUACUGUGAGAGAGUCAGAGACUUGCUGAACCCGAAGAACAAAGGGAAUUUGCGAGUGCGAGAACAUCCUCUGCUUGGGCCAUAUGUGGAAGAUCUGUCGAAGUUAGCAGUCACAUCUUAUACAGACAUUGCAGACCUCAUGGAUGCUGGGAACAAAGCCAGGACUGUGGCAGCUACCAACAUGAAUGAAACCAGCAGCCGCUCUCAUGCCGUGUUUACAAUUGUCUUUACUCAGAAGAAACACGACACAGAAACUGAUCUUUCCACGGAGAAGGUCAGCAAGAUUAGCCUUGUGGAUCUAGCUGGGAGUGAGCGAGCUGAUUCAACUGGUGCCAAAGGAACCCGAUUAAAGGAAGGAGCAAAUAUAAACAAAUCUCUCACAACUCUGGGCAAAGUUAUUUCAGCAUUGGCCGAAGUGAGUAAAAAAAAGAAGAAAACAGACUUUAUACCAUACAGGGAUUCUGUACUAACAUGGCUUCUUCGAGAAAAUCUAGGUGGUAAUUCCAGGACUGCAAUGGUUGCUGCUUUGAGUCCAGCAGACAUAAACUAUGAUGAAACUUUGAGCACUUUAAGAUAUGCUGAUCGUGCAAAACAGAUUAAAUGCAAUGCUGUUAUCAAUGAAGAUCCCAAUGCCAAGCUGGUGCGUGAGCUGAAGGAGGAGGUGACAAGGCUUAAGGAUCUCCUGCGUGCCCAAGGGCUGGGAGAUAUUAUUGACACCUCCAUGGGGUCCCUCACUGCAUCUCCAUCCUCCUGCUCUCUCAGUAGUCAGGUGGGCUUAACAUCUGUGUCCAGUAUACAGGAAAGAAUCAUGUCAACACCUGGAGGAGAAGAGGCAAUUGAACGUUUGAAGGAAUCCGAGAAGAUCAUUGCAGAGCUGAAUGAAACAUGGGAAGAGAAGCUGAGGAAAACUGAGGCCAUUAGGAUGGAAAGGGAGGCAUUGUUGGCAGAAAUGGGAGUUGCCAUUCGGGAAGAUGGGGGAACACUGGGAGUCUUCUCGCCUAAAAAGACUCCUCAUCUUGUAAACCUUAAUGAAGAUCCACUCAUGUCUGAAUGUCUGCUUUACUACAUCAAAGAUGGUAUUACUAGGGUUGGCCAAGCUGAUGCUGAGCGAAGGCAAGACAUUGUAUUGAGUGGGGCUCAUAUCAAAGAAGAGCACUGCAUCUUUCGAAGUGAGAGGAACAACAACGGUGAAGUUAUUGUUACUUUGGAGCCUUGUGAAAGAUCAGAAACCUAUGUUAAUGGCAAGAGGGUUGUGCAGCCUGUGCAGUUGCGCUCAGGAAAUCGUAUCAUUAUGGGUAAAAAUCAUGUCUUCAGAUUCAACCAUCCAGAGCAAGCACGAGCAGAAAGAGAGAAAACACCGUCAGCUGAAACUCCCUCUGAGCCAGUUGACUGGACAUUUGCUCAGAGGGAGCUUUUGGAGAAGCAGGGCAUUGAUAUGAAGCAGGAGAUGGAGAAAAGGUUACAAGAAAUGGAGAUUUUGUAUAAGAAAGAGAAGGAGGAAGCUGAUCUCUUGUUGGAGCAGCAAAGGCUGGACUAUGAGAGUAAGCUGCAGGCCUUGCAGAAGCAGGUAGAGACACGAUCCUUGGCAGCUGAAACAACAGAGGAGGAGGAGGAGGAGGAAGAAGAAGUGCCCUGGACACGACAUGAGUAUGAGCUCGCACAAUGGGCUUUCAGGAAGUGGAAAUUUCAUCAGUUUACUUCACUGAGGGACCAACUCUGGGGAAAUGCAGUAUAUCUGAAAGAAGCCAAUGCAAUCAGUGUAGAGUUAAAGAAAAAGGUGCAGUUUCAAUUUGUCCUGCUGACAGACACCCUCUACUCGCCACUGCCACCAGAGCUUUUGCCCACUGAGUUGGAGAAGACCCGGGACAAUAGGCCUUUCCCCCGUACAGUGGUAGCUGUGGAAGUCCAGGAUCUGAAGAAUGGAGCAACACACUACUGGUCCUUAGAAAAACUCAAGCAGAGGUUGGACCUGAUGCGUGAGAUGUAUGACAGAGCUGGGGAAAUGGCGUCGAAUACACAGGACGACAGUGAAAGCACAAUGACAGGCAGUGACCCUUUUUAUGAUCGCUUUCAUUGGUUCAAGCUUGUUGGAAGUUCCCCCAUAUUCCAUGGCUGCGUGAAUGAGCGUCUUGCUGAUCGCACGCCCUCCCCCACUUUCUCCACGGCUGACUCCGACAUCACUGAACUGGCUGAUGAACAGCAGGAUGAGAUGGAGGACUUUGAUGAUGAGGCCUUUGUGGAUGAUACUGGCUCCGACGUUGGAACUGAGGAGGGAUCAGACCUCUUCAAUGAUGGGCGCGACCCGUUUUACGACCGAUCCCCUUGGUUCAUUUUAGUGGGAAGAGCAUUUGUAUACCUGAGCAAUCUACUGUACCCAGUGCCUCUUAUUCACAGAGUAGCUGUUGUUAGUGAGAAAGGAGAAGUACGAGGAUUUCUGCGAGUAGCAGUGCAAGCUAUAGCAG